UUAAAGUUACUCAUUAGUGCGUGCCACAGCUUAAGGGUAUUGGCUAUAAGCGAUAUAGUGGAUGAUGAACUGGUCAAAAUUAUAACAAUCUCGUGUCCCUCCCUUCAUUGCAUAAGAUUAUCCUCGUGUGAUGGUGUAACUGAUGAUUCACUAAAAUUGCUUGCAAAAACAUAUUCUCAUCUUCUGUCAUUAGACUUGGGUGGUGAUAGCUGUCAUAUUUCAGAUGCGGGCAUCAAAUCAUUAACACAAUCGUGUACUGA